AUGGCCGCAAACCAGGCAGAGCGUGCUGCUGAAACCGGGCAGACCGCACCUCAGGCGGCCCACGAGGCGGCCCACGAUCGGCCCCGCUCGCCCCCGUCCCCUGCCCCGGCUGCGCAGGCAGCUGAGGAGACUCGUCGCCCUCUCCUGCGCCACCUCCCUCCCCGUGCACCUGCUGUUGAUGCACGAGACGCCGAGGCGGACGCGAUCGCCAUUCAUGUUGGUAGGGCCCAGCUCCAAGCUGACUGGAUGGCGCCCCAGCACAUCCUCCAGCCUACUCGCACACCCCUCGCCCCUAUUCCAGAGGGCGACGAGACUCAGGCUCCCGCUGCAGGACAGCAGAACGAGCAGGAGGGCCUCCUGCAGGACCCCGGGUACGACCACGACGACCAGGCUCUGCCUGACUACUACAACCCUGCCGACGUGUGUGAGGACAUCCCCGUGGCGCCGCCCUACAAUGCUCCUCCGCCUGAGGACUUCGCGGACUACCUCCGCGAAGCUGCCGCUGCUCGCCACGGCCGCCUCGCCCUUCAUCCCGGGUACAAUGCCGGAGUUCACGGCCAGUACGUACCCCUUGGUGGGUGGGCGCUUCCCGACCCCGCCGCCGUCGCUCUUCUUCUCCGCGCUCCUCCUGCCCCCAACUACACCGCGUGGAACGGAGGUCUGCACCACUACCACGGUCAGAACGGAGGUUUGCCCGGCCAGCAGGCGGCGCCAGGUCUGUUUGCUGGUCUCCAGAACCUCCCUGUUCCCAAUGUCGGCCCCUGUCCGGUUCACCCGAACGUACACCCCCGUCGCCUGCCGCAGGACGGGCAGCAGCUUAUCCAAUGGCUCCGUCAGCUGAGGCAGCGCCGUGCUGCGAACAAUGGCCGCUAUGGCCAGAAUCAGGACCACGCCCAGCAGACCGAGGAGACUCGUCCCGUUCAGAACGAGGACGAGAACGGAGGCGAUGAGGCGGAGGUCGAGAUGGCGCUGGUCGACGACUGCAGUGAGCAGGAGGCGGAUAACUAG